AUGCUCGGCGUCUCGCGGAGCCUUUUGAUAGGCUAUUUCCUGUUGUUCUGUCAAUUGCUUGGCUUAUGCCAUGCCGAGGAUUACGAUGGUCCUACCCAGCUCGAACGCCUAGAUCAUGUCCCGCACGACCUGCUCGGCAAGGACGAUGCUCACCAGAUGCACAUGCCGGAUCCUAUGCGGAAUCUCAAUUACCAUUUUGUCAAGAUUGAGGGAAAACCGCAGGGAAGUGUUCGAGCACCUACCGAAGCUUUCGUCGAGGAACUUAGGAGACGCAAGGUAGACACCGUUUGCUUUCUGGAUCCGGUUUCGUCGGACGAGCACCGCAUCAUACAGUUCUUUGAAUCCCGUGGGUUCAAGGUUCAAACCGAAUUCCGCAACGAAUUCAACGAGCUCAUCAACAAGGAACCAUCCCAAAAAUUGCAUUCAAACGUAAAGCUGAGCCAAUUCCUGGAGGAGGGGACAUAUACGGGCGUGCUGUUUUAUGAAACAAAGGGAAAUACGAAAACAGCGACGGUGUUCUCGAGAAUCUGGGGAUACGAGUCCGUAAGACUCUUUGACGCCACCGGCAGAGCGUUUUGGUCCCAAAGCAUACAACGAAUUCGCAUCAGACCCCUCUUCCUUCAGCUGCUUUUCGGCAUUACCGAAAAGCAGGCCAAGGAAGCGGUGAAAGCGGAGAGGAUCAUUGUCAACUCUUCGUCGCCCUAUCGGCCACUUUGGGACCACGGCAGGAGAAACCGAUUCGACGCUGAGGGGAGAACCUUUGUUCCAAGAAAAUCAAUGGUGCCCGAAAUAUCCUUGCCACCCAUGAGCAGAGGCCCCGUUACCGCGGCGGACGCUGCCGUAGUAAGAGAGUAUUUGGCGGAAUUGCGAAGCCGUGACGCUCGGAACCCCCCGUGGAAAUUGGUUCAAGGCGCGGCUGGGGGGCAGCCUGUCCACAACCCACCAGGAGGGCCACCCAUCCAUGUCGCGGCUGGAGGGCAGCCUAGUUCGUCCCAUGCUCGCCCGGACACGCAUGGCCAAGAUAAACCAAACGAAGGACCCCCGAAGAAGAUCUGGCGACCCUGGGAUGAUGCUGCCGAUGCUGCGGUAUUGCAAACUGGCACUUCUAGUAAAGACACCGCUCAGUCCAGAAACCCUCCGGACGGGGUGGAGGGACAAAGCAGCGCGUCUCAUAAUCGACACGAUGAGUCAAACGCCGAGCCCAAGCAGCUUGCCUCUGAACCCGAACGGCAUGAUACUGGGAGCGAACCUGAACACAACAACUGCAAGCGCGACCAGGCUUGCCAUAGGCGAACGUUCAAGACCCAAUGCCAAUUAUUUCGCCGAGGGAACAGCCUAUAUCGACGCGCCAGAGGUGGGGGCCGUGGACAAAGCGGAGCUAGAGGCAGUUCUAGCCAAGGAUAUCAAUCGAACUACGGCCAGGGAUAUCGACUAAGCUCCAGCCGAAGUCGUGGAAGCAGCGCAGCUAGAGCAAGCUCUCCCCAACGUCCUGGUGUCGACUCUGGCGAUAGUUUUCCAGAAUACCGCGGCGGAGAAUUUUGGGAAAACGCCGGCCGAGGCUCCGAAAAGAGCGCGGCUAGACCUAGUCCCGCCAACGGUCAAAGUCGAGCAAACCCAAGCCGAGGUGGGAAGUCAAACUAUUGCGUUGCAGAUGAUUUAUCCAACUUGGCUGCCGAAGCCUUCCUUUUCGCCAUCGACAUGGCUGCUAAAGCGGAGAGGCCAGGCUCCUCGGGCUCCAAUGGAAAUAAUGGGCCCAAGGACACAAACAACGGGCCUACUUGGGAGCCGGAACAACUUGACGACAAGAACACUCCUGACGCGCCUUUCUGGCAACCCCCCAAAAGUAUUGUCGACUCAAAGGUUCCACCUGCCGUGGCCGAAUGGGUUGAAAAAUACAAGAAGAUGCGUGUACAAGGAGAGAAGGCCCUGGAUGAUCUAAUUCCCCAAGUAAUGGAGGACCGAGAUUUUGCCUACAAGACCUAUUACCUUCAAGAUCGGACUCUAUCGAUCAUACUAAAGAAUGAUUUGCAAAUAAGUUGCGAUGCCCCUAGUGGUACUUCGACGGAUAUCGACCUAGAUACUUGCAGCUUUGCUCCGUUGCCUCAGGCUCAGGAUUAUGCGGCUGAAGAGGUGGAGAGGAAGAAGGCUAAAUCGGAAGAGGGCAUUCUAGACGUUGCAGAUGACGAGCGUCCUCAAGCAUGA